CGACGGGUUUGUUGUUAACAUAUAAGUAAAAAGUACUGGAUUUGUUUGAAACUUUUACUUUAUCAAAUAUCGGACCCUCCUUAGAAAACGUUUUUUUUCGAGGACCCUCACUUAAAAAGGUGAAAUGGGGAAAUCAAACAUCACUGAAAUUCAGUCAGAACCUGUCACCAGAUCCGAUAAUAAUUGAUCCGCAAAGACCAAAACCAAUCACGAGCCGAUUGAGCUAACUAUUGACAAAUAGUUAGAGAACUCAGUCUGGUCUUCAUACAAAAUAAAAAGAUUCCUACGGAAACAUCCAUGAACAUCUGAGCCAUCCGCUGUCUCCAUCCAUCCUCCGUUUGUUUUUAUCUCCUAGCGUGAUAUGAAAUAGAUUUAUGACCAUCCACAGCAGCUGACUAUAAGAAUGGAGCCACGUUUUACAGAUGAAGUCCGUGACAUUAUUGGGUUGAUACACUAUCUGUGUUUAUCUUUCUGCUUUUAUGUAUCUGUCUGGUCCAGUUGCUCUUUUUUGGUCAUAGACAAAGCCCCUGGGAGCGCGGUGACGGACGGCUACAAUGACAGGUCGCAACGAUCUCUGAGCUCACAUGCUUUUUGUGGCUCUGUCUCUCAGAGCGCCAUCACCCAAAAAAAGACGCUGCAUCACAGGGCGCGCACUCUGCUGCGUUCCCCUCUGAUCCCUCUCUUAAGGCCUGAAAACAGCAGCUGGGGAGAUUAGAGGUGAGAGGACACUGGCUCACUCACCCACUCACCGACCACACACACACACACACACAUUGUGCUUGUUCUCUGACAGCAGUGGACAGUCAGGAGAGAUUUGCUUCAGACAAAAGUGGACUCUCAGCACCUCAAUUAGACCAAGUACUUUUUAAAGACCGUUCUGUCUGAGGAGUCUUUGGUGGAACCUACUGCAUGUCCUUGAUUCCCUGGGACUUUCUCUGCCUCUGGGCUCCGGAUCCUCGCACUUUAUUUUUGACACCUCCAGUUCACAUGCAGCUCAGGAGCUGAUCAAUCUGACCGUUCAAACUGAGUCGUCACAUUCUCCGCUUUCGACCCUUUAACCAUGAGUUGCUUUGGGUACAGACGGGAGUUAAGUAAGUACGAAGAUGUUGACGAGGACGAGCUCCUAGCCUCCCUUACCCCGGAGGAGUUGGCUGAGCUGGAGAAGGAGCUGGUAGACAUCGACCCUGACGCCAACGUGCCUAUAGGGCUCAGACAGAGGGACCAGACAGACAAGACCCCGACGGGCACCUUCAGCAGAGAGGCCCUGAUGAAGUACUGGGAGACUGAGACGCGCAGACUGUUGGAAGACGAGAUAGCAGGAGGAAGUCCCAAACUGAACGAAGAUGAAGAAGAGUGUGUGACGGAGGAGAACAGUGAAGAUGAUGAAGAAAAAGACGACGAGAGUGAAAAAGAACUGACAAAACCUCCAAGCAAGGAUGAAGAAGAAGAGAGUGAUGAUGAUGAUGAUGAGGAGGAGGAGGAGGAGGAAGAGGACACGGAAGAAGAGGAAAAGAUGACAGAGGAGGAGGAGGAGGAGGAAGAUGAGGAUGAACAGAAUAAUAAACCAACAUUGGCUCCGUCCAAUAACUUUGGAUCGUUAUCAGCCGGCACUCCAAACCUACUGAAACCUCAGAGGGUGGAGCCUGUUAGACUGACUCCUCCCCCUCCACCUGCUGACAGUAACACGUCAGGAAAUCCGACAGUCGUGGAUGACGCUCUCCAACGAGCUCUAAACAACGACCCUGAACUCACAGAAGUUAAUCUUAACAACAUCGAGGACAUUUCACAGGAAAACCUGAUUCGUUUCGCCGAAGCCCUGAGGUCCAACACACACGUGCGUAACUUUAGCCUGGCUAACACCAGAGCUGACGACAACGUGGCUUUGGCCAUCUCCAAGAUGUUGAGGGAGAACUCGUCCAUCAUCAGUCUGAAUAUAGAGUCGAACUAUGUGACUGGGAAGGGAGUGAUGGCUCUGGUUCAGGCACUUCCAGGAAACAAAACACUGACCGAACUCCGAUUCCACAACCAGAGACACAUGUGUGGAGGACAGGUAGAGAUGGAGAUGGUGAAGAUACUGAGGGAAAACUUCACUCUGAUCAAACUGGGUUAUCAGUUCAACCUCCCUGGCCCGAGAAUGAGCAUGACAGGAAUCCUCACCCGGAACCAGGACCGCCAGCGACAGAAACGUCUGCAGGAGCAGCGGCAGCAACAACAGGGACAAGGACAACAAGGAGGAACAGAAGGAGUCGUCAACCCAAGAACCACGGCACUGAGAGGAACACCAUCUUCAUCACCUUACAACUCCCCCAGAGCUUCUCCCUGGUCCUCACCUAAACUUCCCCGGCAUGACGCUAAAAAACAAACACCUCCCGCUCCGCCGCCGCCACCACCACCUCCACCUCCGCCACCACCACCUCCCCCUCCUCCACCGCUGCCCUCCCAACAGAAGGAGAAGAAGCCAACCAGGAUGAUCGCAGAGGUCAUCAAGGCCCAUGAGGCCGGCAACAAGAAGCCUUCGAAGACGAAAGGGAAGAAAGGAAAGAAAAGCAAACAGAAGGAUGCGCAGAAGGACGAAACCAGCAGCAUCCUGAAGGAGCUGAAGAACGCACUGAGACCAGUGUCGGUGGACAGGAGGAUGGAGGAGGUCAGCCGGCCGUCCACACCCAUGAGAUCGGCCCAUGACCAGCUGAUGGAAUCCAUCCGGACCAGCAGCAUGCAAAAACUCAGACGAGUUGAACUUCCACAUCAUCUACGAUGAUAAAAGCAGUUCCAGACCAGGUCCUGGCAUCACCAUGGGAAUCCGCAAAAUGAUCAUCGUGAAGAUCGAUCAACGGUGACGGGGGGUGGAAAUGUGGGAGGAGUACACACAGUUUUACUUCUUACUAGCUUUAAAAAAAAGUGCUGAAAAUUUGGACUGCAGUAACAGCUUUACAUUUCAAUGCCUUUUUUGUUGUUGGUUUGUUUUUAUAAUGAGUUGAUUUACGAGCUAUCGAUUAAAGUUAAACUUGUAAAAUUGUAAAUACGGAGGAAAUCUGUUGAUGGUUGAAUUGUGCGAUUGUCUAAAUGUAUUUGGCUUAAUGAUAGCAAUUAUUUAAAAUUGUUGUAAAAUUGUUGUUUUUCCCCCAUCAUAUCAUCAUUAACACUUCCCUUUAAGCUUACCAAUGCUAUCGGUAGCAUUAUUGGCUUCCCGUUAUUCCCUCUUGUUUUAGUGUUUGUUCAACAUCAUUAAUAUUUUAAUGUAAUACGUCAGUUUAUGGGUUUUGCUGUGGACUAAACAAGAUUAUUUACACUUUGUACAGCCACACAUCAUGCUAAGUUCUGUUAGCAUUCAAGAUUUGCUCCAUUGAAAGAUGUUUUUUUCCCUUUUUUUUGGAUUUCUUUCAAACAAAUGGUUUAGAACAUGACUUUUUUUUAAACAUGCAGAAAAAAGUAAUUAUAAAAACAAGAACAAAGCAUGUUCUGGCAAGGACAUUUCAUACUUUACAAAAAAUCAUGUUAAUCAGGUGUUAAGCAUUGUGGGACUUUUACAGAAACAAAGAUGGGAUGUCAGUUGCUGAGUUGAUAACAAAUUUCGAACGCAGGCUACAAAACGGACAAAAGACAGAACAUCAAGACACAACAUCAAAACUGACACGAGGGACAACAAUCCCACCCACAGCCCCAGGUGGAGAAGAUGAGGUAACAACCAAAAAAAGUGGAUAAAGCAGAGCAGAAAAUAAACAAAAUAAAUCAGGAGUCAGACACAUGAUGGAGGUCAAAGGUCAGGAUGGACAGACCCAGAGUGAG